UGAAAUCGAAAGUAAAGCCUAAACUGAGGGAGUGGAGAGUGGGGCAGGAAGGUCUUUGAGGCUCUUUGCCUGUGCUUCAGCAGCCGCAAAAACGCAAAGGUCGGUGCUCGUGGUGCUGGUCUUCAAUAGAGGGUGAGAACUGAUCUCCAACAGAGGAGGUUGCUCGAGCCAACCCAGAGAGUCCCAUGCUCUCUCACUGGGCUGCAUCCCUACGCACCCCGUCUUGGCCUCCUCAGAUUGCAGCCAGAGUCUGGGAAUCUGGGCUCUCAUGUAUGUUACAGAGCAUUUCAAGAUUGAAGAGUGACUUGUGUGAAAGAUGGUCGAUCCUGUGAAAUUAUGUGAGUCUUCUAGCUCUCAGCUUAACUGGCCACAGCCUGAAGAACCAUUCCAUAAAGAGGAAGAAGAAAGCAAAGAAUCAAAGAUCAAAUACUAUCUGCUAACAGUUGUUACAGAAGACGACCUUAAGGAGCUAGUGGCUGAUAGACUUGAGAAGGAAGGGGAGAAUCAUGAACAGGAGGGACUGGAAAAUGCAGAAAAGCACAAGGUGUCAUCAGGAAGCCAAAGAGAAAACAUCUUCCAGAACAAUGACCAAGGUUGUCAGAAGGGUGAAAAGUCUCAAAAUGCCAGUUUGCAAACAGCCUUUGAGGAGAAACAGGCAGUGGUGUCCAAGAAGAGAUGCUGUAAUGUGGAAAACUUCCAAGACAAUGUGAUCUCAGAGAGACCUUCACCAGGACAGAGUUCUUAUGAGUGCACUGUGUGCAAAAGAUGUUUCAGCCGCAGCUCAAGCCUCUUGAAUCAUCUGUGUACCCAGACUGCAAAAAAACUUCACAAAUGCACACAGUGUAACAAGGUCUUCAACUGUAACUCGGCUCUGAUUCAGCACCAAAAGAUGCACCAGAGGCAGAAAAUAUCAUUUGAGUGUUCAGAUUGUGGUGAUCAUUUUACUUGCAAAUCUAGCCUCGUUAUCCAUCAAAGAACUCACAAAAGGGAGAAGAGGCCCUAUAUGUGCUUACAGUGUAAUCAGUGUUUCCACCAUGCUUCUGAGCUGAUAACUCAUCCUCACCUGUGAAUGUGAUCCUUUGAGUCUCAGUAAGCUGGAGUUACAGGAGUAAGAAAGAAGAAGCAACCUGUUUUUCGUUUUUUUUUUCACCUGAUCUAACAUAAAGUUGUGUGCAGGUAAUGUCUAAGAUUGGCAAAGCAAAGAAAUAGGUAAAAUCAUAAAUAUCCCCAGCUGGAAGAGACUCACAAGAACUUCGAGUCCAAUUCCUGGCUUCACACAGGGCUAUCCAAAGUUCAAAUCGUAUUUCUGAAAGCACUGUUUAAAUGCUUCUUGAAUUCUGGUAAGUCGCCUCUAAUGCAAAGAGUGUGGCUGGAAGAUCAGCAAAUUGCUAAGACAGGCCAUUGGCUGAAGAAUGAAUCUUCCUUCUAACAUGUAAGUUUCCGUUAAGAUGGAAACAGGAGUUUGAAUUUAUUUUAAAGAUGGUAUUUGAGAGAGAAAUAGGACGUAUUACUAACAAAGAUGAGAACUAGGUACUUAUAUUGGUACAGUUUUGAUUCUAAGUUCAGCUGCAGGAUGACCGUGUGCUAAUUACUUUCUCUAUGCCUUUAUGACUUGUUUUAAAACAAAUGUUAACUUACCUUAAGUUUCUCACUGUAGAAUGUGGACUAAUGCGUCUGGAUACUGAAGUUGCUGGAGUACUUUAAAGAGCAACAUUCUGAAAACCUAGAUGUCUUUUUCAUUGGCUUUUAAAAGGAAAAUAUUCUAAAACUGUUCUUUAGAAGUUUUUUGCCUUUUAAUGGAUUUUGGGUUGUGAACUUGCAAGGCAUUUCUGAACACUAGCCUUCUGUAAUCAUCUAGGAUUUCUGAAGGCAUCAGCAUCUGAUCAAACAUCAAAAUAAACCAUUCUUUCCCUCCCUGUGCUUAUAGAUCUCUGUAAGUCCUUGGCAUCAGCAGAACAUCUUUGAUGCUGAUGUUAGGAGUCAUCUUCUAGAAAUCUUUAAUUUCCAGCUUACCUAAUAUGUAGUUGAGGAGAAAGGAAUCACUUAAGAGUUGGACUUACAGACAGACAUGUCGGACCAGUGUCUCUACUGUCACGGGAAUCAUCGGGAUACUCAAACCAAAAAUAAAAAGAGUACUUUUAUUAUGCAGUUAUGCGUUUAAUGUAAAAUUUGGCAGUUACUAAGAAUUUAAAUGACUGUUGUGUUCUCUCUGUCCCCUCUCAACUUUCACCAAGUAGUCUCUGUUAAAGUUGGACCCCAUCUUAUGAAUCAACAGAUAUCAGAGUGUUGAUGUAUGUGACAGUUCCUUCGCUAAAGAAGUUUCACCAAUGUUCACUGAGAUGAAAGGAUAGAGAGACUCUGAGGCACCAAAGCAGGCUGGAGAAGCAGCCUGCUUUCUUGAUGCGAGUCCACCUUGCUUAAGGGCUAUGUUAGCUUUGCUGUGAACAUAUUAGCAGUAGUAACGCCAGAAGACUGUUUUUGUAUAUUAAUAAACGUAAAAUAUAUUGAAGUUGUACUUGUUUUUACCCCCUUUCACAGAACCUGCCAUCCAAAGUGUCUGGCAAAAGUUAUCAGAAUCAGGAAAUCUUGAUAUUUUAAAAGUAUUUCUAAGAUAUCAUAGGUAUCUCAGAUAUCUAUUACAGAAUCGCAGAAGAGGUUGAAGGGACCUCUAAAGCUAAUUCAGUCCAACCCUCAUAUAAUGUUAUCUCUGAUCCAACAGUCAUUUUAUGCACAUUUUUAGAAGCCUGAGUUCACUUAAUCUUCUAGCUGAUUUACUGUGUUUUGUUCUGAUCUCGUAUAAGAUUAUUGGAAGAGAUUAUUGACAGUAUAUGCAAAAAAAAAAAAAAAACCAACAAAACUUUUCUUUCUUGCUCCUUUAAAUAAAUGAUAUUUGUUAGAAUAGUAAAUAUGAAUUAUGUGAAAACAUUUUACUAUGAGGUGAAGCUUCAGCUUUGUGCUUUGACAACUGACUACUUCUGUUUAACUUUUUUUUUUAAACUUCAUUACAGUGAAUAUAAUCUUGAUGUUUUGGGGCUUUAAUCUUUAUUAGAGUGACUACAUAAGUAAGUCUGUAUAUUGUAUCUGGACAAUACAUAAGCAUCAUUAACUUGAAACUCAUUAAAGGCUAAGUAUUACAA